AUGAUGACCCCAAUGCGAUAUGUGGUCCUGGUUUUGACCAUCAUCAUCAGCUUGCACCUUAUCCUAACGUUCUCGCGCGGCUCCUACGGAAUCAUUGGCUCCCAACCAUCCGCCUCAGAACGUAUCACGCCUAGCGAAUACAUCUGGCAUGAGAAUACCACGGCCAUACAGGAUCGGCGCGCGAAUGCUGCCAUCGUCAUGCUCGCGAGAAAUAGUGAUCUGAAAGGCAUGAUGAAGAGCAUGAAACAGAUGGAGGAUAGGUUCAACAGGAAGUUCAAGUACCCAUAUGUGUUCUUGAACGAAGUACCUUUCGACGAAAAGUUCACUUCGAGCAUUCUGGCACUUACAGAUGCCAAGGUUGAGUUUGGUCUCAUUCCACACGACCACUGGUUCCAACCCGAUUGGAUUGACGAAGAAAAGGCUUCUGUAUCCCGGGCCAAAAUGGCCGAGAACAAUGUGAUCUAUGGUGGUACAUACCGGAACAUGUGUCGGUACAAUUCAGGAUUCUUUUAUCGACACGAGCUUCUACAAAAGUACAGGUAUUAUUGGAGGGUCGAUCCAGAUGUAACUUAUUUUUGUGACCUCGAUUACGACCCUUUCCUUGUCAUGCAAGAUCAGGGGAAGGUCUACGGAUUCACAAUCUCACUACCUGAAUAUGGAGAGACCAUCGCAACACUUUGGGAUACCGUGAAGGAUUUCAUCGCGAAGAACCCUGAACUUAUUCCGGGCGAUAACGCCAUGGCCUUCAUCUCCGAUGACAAUGGCAACAACUACAAUCGCUGUCACUUCUGGAGUAACUUCGAGAUUGGCGACCUUGAUUUCUGGAGAGGCGAAGCUUACAGCAAAUUCUUCGAACACCUCGACCAGGCCGGCGGCUUCUACUACGAGCGCUGGGGUGACGCACCCGUCCACUCUAUCGGUGCUGCUUUGCUCGCACCUAAGGAUAAGAUUCACUUCUUCUCGGACAUUGGGUACAGACAUGAGCCAUUCCAGAGAUGUCCGCAGGGAGAGGCACAUUCGAAGGGACGGUGCUGGUGUGACCCGAGCGAGAACUUUGAUUACGAAGGGUACUCUUGCUUGCCCAAGUUCGACAGGCUGUUCGACUAG